AUGGAAUAUGUUCCGAUGGAUGCUAAAAGUUCUAGUGGUUCUAAUUCUAAUCUCUUAUUUGCCGAUUUAGAUCUGCCGCCGAUCAUCAAAAGAGGUCUAUUCAGAGGCAUGAGCAAUACCAGAUCGUCCAUGUGCUGGAAAUGCAAACAAAAGAAGAACGAGUUAAUCCCUGAUCAUUCAUGUCAAAUGUGUCAAACCAUAUGUUAUGUCAGUUCACCUCUAAGAAACGAACAACAAGACCAUACUCAUGAUGAUCUGGACGACCCUGAAAAGGAGUAUAGAGAUAAGGUUGACAACAUUGCUAAAACUCUUCUGAGGCUAAUGAAAGAUCUACUUCCACAUGUUAGUGAUAAACCAAAUCACAAGCUAAUCGAAAGUACAUAA